AACACGUGAAGUUUUUUCAAAAGUUUUAAUAUUUUUCAAAGGUAUUAUCAUAUUUUAUCAAGUAUCAACCAGAAUAUUACAUUCUAAUCUUUAUUUUAUGAUUAUAUUAUUAUUUAAGCCAAUGUUCAUGGCCGUGCUAUUAAACAUCUAUUCCGUUCUAUUCUAAUAUUUCUAAUAAACCAAAGUUUUAUAAUACAAGAUAUUACAUACUUAUCACAUGAUUUUUUCAAGAUAAAGGAUUACGAUAUUUAGACAUUAGGAAUCGGUGUAGGCUUUAGAUACAUAAAUUUGUAUUUUUUCAUUCCUAUAUAUAUUUUCUAUAACACUAAUAGAAUAUAGAGUUUUGUCUAUUUGACCAGUGCACUAUGGGUGGUAAGAAGAAAGGUGGAGGCGGUCAUAAUUUUGGUCGUGCUUUGAUAAAAGACAGGUUUGGUCGCGGUAAUAAGACACUGAAUGCUGACUCAUUUCUUCACACCUCCGAUUUAGCUGACGGAUAUGACUGGGGAAGACUCAAUUUGCAGUCUGUUACAGAACAGAGUUCUUUUGAAGAGUUUUUGUCCACAGCAGAAUUGGCAGGAACUGAAUUUACAGCUGAAAAGUUAAAUGUUGAAUUUGUGCCCGAAAGUCGAAUGGUUGGUACAUUGACUGAUGAAGAACGGUCAAAGAUUGAAAAGUCCCACCAGGAAUUUAAACAUUUCAUUAAAAUUCCCCGAAGACCUGCUUGGGAUAACAAAACUACAGCCGAAGAUUUAGAAUCAAAAGAAAGACAAAACUUCUUAGAAUGGCGUCGUAAUUUGGCUGAACUUCAAGAAGAACAGGGCCUGGUGUUGACUCCUUAUGAAAAAAACUUGGGCUUUUGGAGACAGCUGUGGAGAGUUGUUGAGAGAAGUGAUGUUCUAGUUCAGAUUGUGGAUGCUCGCAACCCAUUAUUAUUCUAUUGUGAAGACUUGGAGAAAUAUUCAAAAGAAGUGGAUAAAAAUAAAACUAAUUUGUUGUUGUUGAAUAAGUCUGACUUGUUGAAUACUCAACAGCGUAAAUACUGGGCUAAAUAUUUUGACUCCAGAGCUAUUACAGUAGCUUUUUAUUCUGCUAAGCAAAGUGAAGAAACUAUUCAAGAAGGAAAUGAAGAUGCUGAUGAAACUGUUAAAGAAGCAGUCAAAGAAGAAGAAGAAGAAGAAGAAGAAGAAGAAGAAGCAGAUGAUGAAGAAGAGUGGGACAGUUCAGAUUAUGAAACCGACGAAGAAGAAGAAGUAAUUGGAGACGUGGAUGAUGAAUGUCCCAAGUUUAAAAAUUCUUCAAAGUUAUUAACAAAAGAAGAAUUAAUCAGUCUCUUUAAAACAAUUCAUGGAAAUAAUAAACGUUUGAAUGAUGAGUUGGUUACUAUUGGACUAGUAGGUUAUCCAAAUGUUGGUAAAAGUUCAACUAUCAAUACCCUUCUUCUUAAUAAGAAAGUGUCAGUAUCUUCUACUCCAGGAAAAACAAAACAUUUUCAGACGCUUUUUGUUGACAAGGAACUGAUGUUAUGCGAUUGUCCUGGUUUAGUUAUGCCUAGUUUUGUAUUUACAAAAGCUGACCUUAUUAUACACGGUAUUCUUCCCAUCGACCAGAUGCGUGAUCACAGGCCACCAGUGAAUAUAAUUUGUUCGCAAAUACCCAAACACAUAUUAGAAGACCAGUUUAGUAUUAUGGUAACAAAACCAUUGGAAGGCGAAGAUCCAAACCGACCGCCCACUGCUGAUGAAUUUCUCAAUGCUUACGCAUGCAGUCGAGGAUACAUGACGGCAAAUGGACAACCAGAUGGUUCAAGAGCAGCUCGUGUAAUACUUAAGCAUUAUGUAAAUGGACGGCUACUGUUUUGUAUUGCUCCACCAGGAGUUGAUCAAAAAAAGUUUCAUUCUUAUCCACCACCUGAAGAAAAUCGCGCAACAAAGACAUUCACCCCAUUCGAAAACAUUCUUCUUAAGCCAAAUGUUGCAUCUGGAUCAGAUUUAGACAAUACGUUUUUUCAAAAAACAACCAUGGGUGCACACAGUAAAGGAAUGAAAAAGAUGGAUAUAAUGGGCAGUAUUAAUAAUCAAGCUCAACAAAGUACAUCCAAACCGUGGAAGAACCAUAAAGAAAAAAGAAACAAGCAUGAGAAAUUGAGACGCCAAUUCAGACAUCUUGAUAUAUGAGUUUCGUUAUUAUUUUUAAAAUAAACAUAUUUUCUUUGUGAUAAGUUACAUGUUAAGACGCAAGAGUUUAACCAAUAUUAUUGCUUUGUUAGAAUUUGUACAUUACCAAAUUAUUACAAAAAUAUAAAAAAUAAUAAUAUUUUGAUCAAUUA